AUGGGUCGCAAAAAGGGAAAGAAUACGGGUCCAGAGGAAUCGAAUCCUGAUAAAAGUCAGCAAGAUCCGCAGAAGCAACAGCAGCAAGGGGGGGCGACUCAACCCAAGGAACAACAGCAAGCGGGGCCGAGCCAACCGAAGGAACAGAAGCAACAGAAGCAGCAAAGUGGUCCGAAUCAACCCAAGGAACAACAGCAAGUGGGGCCGAGCCAACCGAAGGAACAGAAGGAACAUAAGCAACAGAAGCAGCAAGGUGGUCCGAAUCAACCGAAGGAACAAAAGCAACAGAAGCAGCAAGGUGGGCCAAAUCAACCGAAGGAACAAAAGCAACAGAAGCAGCAAGGUGGGCCGAGUCAACCGAAGGAACAGCAGCAAGGUGGCCAAAGCCAGUACCAUCAAGGACAACAGUCUCAGGGACCGUGGAACCAGCCAGGACAGCAACAACAUCAAGGUCAACGCCCUCAGGGACCGUGGAACCAGCCAGGACAACAGCCUCAGGGACCGUGGAACCAGCCAGGACAACAGCCUCAGGGACCGUGGAACCAGCCAGGACCGCAACAACAUCAAGGUCAACGCCCUCCAGGACCGUGGAACCAGCCAGGACAACAGCCUCAAGGACCGUUUAACCAGCCAGGACCGCAACAACAUCAAGGUCAACGCCCUCCAGGACCGUGGAACCAGCCAGGACAACAGCCUCAAGGGACCCCAGGACAACAGCCUCAAGGACCGUUUAACCAACCAGGACCGCAACAACAUCAAGGUCAACGCCCUCCAGGACCGUGGAACCAGCCAGGGCAACAGCCUCAGGGACCGUGGAACCAGCCAGGACAACAGCCUCCAGGACCGUGGAACCAGCCAGGACAACAGCCUCAAGGACCGUGGAACCAGCCAGGACAACAGUCUCAAGGAGCAUGGAACCAACCGGGACAACAGUCUCAGGGACCGUGGAACCAGCCAGGACAGCAGCAACAACAACAACAACAAGGGUCCCAGGGACCAUUGUCCCAAACCGGGCAGCCACAAUCUUCCCCCAGAGCACCACCAGAGAAGAAGGGAAAACCUGGUGGCGGCGAUUCUCCUGCAGGUCGCACACCCUCGGUCGCUUCGACGAAAUCUUCGUCCUCGGGUGAUGGUGUUCUUCCGUCGCUUCCGGAAGAUCUGAGCAACAUGCAAGUGAGCAAGCAAAAGGUACACCGAACGAAUCUGCGUCCGGUGCUGUACCGCAGCGGAGCGCACGGCAAGAGGGGUAAACCGGUGACGGUGGAGGUCAAUUUCUUCCGCAUGCUGAUCGACAAACUCAAGGGAAUAGCUUUCCACUAUGACGUAACGAUCGAGCCGGAUCGUCCGAAAAAAUUCUUCCGUCCAGUGUUUGCACAGUUCUGCCAAGAAACGUACCCGAACGUGCGCUUCGCCUUUGAUGGACAGAAAAGUGCCUACACUGCUCACAAGGUUGACGAUAGCCGAGCGACGGUUACGUUCCAUCCCUCGGACAGGGGUAAAGAAAUGCAGUUUAAGGUAACGGUAAAAUUGGCAGCGACAGUGGAUCUGGGAUCGUUGAGAGACUAUAUGCAGUCGAAUAUCGGAAGCAUGGAUAAACCGAUGGCCGCCAUCCAGUGCCUGGACGUGGUGCUGCGCUGCGCAUACGAGGGUAACGAUCGGUUCGUGCGGUUCAAACGUAGCGUUUACGAGGUGCCUAGAAAUCGCAUCGACCUCGGCAAAGGACACGAACUCUGGUACGGGCUGUUCCAGUCGGCCAUCCUCGGCUCCAAACCGUAUGUGAACGUGGACGUGUCGCAUAAGGCUUUCCCCUCUAGUGGUCCGCUGGUCGACAUUUUCGCCAGCUUCAACCGAGGAAACCUGGACACAAACCGCCCGCUUGAUGGUUGGUUGGUGAAGGAACUGCACGACUACGUCCGCGGUAUGGACAUUCUGUACCGCAGCCCGAAUGGCACAGAAAAACGAAUGCGAUGCAAUGGGUUGCGUGACGCUGCCAAUGCGCAACAAUUCACGCUCGACGAUGGCACCAAAUUGACCGUGGCCGAUUACUUUAGUAGAAAGUUAAACUAUAAGCUGCGCUAUCCAUCGCUGCCUGUUGUCCACGUCGGUAGUUCGGUACGCAACGUUUUCGUUCCCCCCGAGCUGUGCCAGGUUCCGCCUGGCCAGGCCCUGAACAAAACCCACCCUGACGAGUGCACGGCAAAGAUAAUAAGGUUUGCUGCAACCAGCGUGCAGGAGCGGAAGGAAAAGAUUAUGCGGUUGAGCACCAGCAUCGCGUACAACAACUCGCCCACACUGAUCGACUUCGGCGUGGGGGUGGGCAAGGAGUUUGAGAAACUGUCGGCCCGCAUCAUCGACCCACCGACGGUCGUGUACGCGGGCAAUGACCAGGUACGCCCCACUCGCGGGGUUUGGCGCGCCGAGGGCAAGAGAUUUACCGAGCCCAGUUCGACAGUUGCCAAGAAGACGCUCUGCUGGCGCAUCCUGAAUCUCGAUGGAUACACCAACGAGACCAUGGUGAAGGAGUUCGGGGAACAGAUCUACAACCACGCGCGCAAGUGCGACGUGCAACUUGAACCGUUCAGCAUGCAGACGACCUUCGUGUUGGUGCGCAACCCCCGUGACGCUGUGCGCGAUUUGUCACAGCUGCUGUCGAACAUUAAAAAGGAUCAGCCCGCCAUCACGAUCGUGAUCAUACCGUCACGCGGUGAUGUUUACGCCAAAGUAAAGCAAAAGGCUGAGCUGGCCAGCGAACGUAUCGGACUGCUGACGCAGUGUAUUAAAGAUCAAACGGUGAAGUACAAGCGCACCGAUGGCAGCACGAUCAACAACAUACUGCUGAAGAUUAAUGCCAAAACGAACGGCAGCAAUCAUCGGUUGACGCCAGAGACGCAGCCACCGUUGGCCAAAGGCAGAGUCAUGUACAUCGGGGCCGAUGUGACGCAUCCGACCGGCGACGAUAUUCCGAGUGUGGUCGGUGUGACGUCCGUGUACGAUCUGCACGGUUUCCGGUACAAUUGUAGCGUGCGGCUUCAGGGGCCGCGCGACGAAAUGAUUCGCGAUCUCGAGAACAUCGUGCACCGCCACGUUCAGUUGUACCAAAAGUACAACGGCAACCUCCCGGAACGAAUCAUGUACUACCGGGACGGUGUUUCGGAUGGGCAGUUUGCGGAAAUUCUAACGAUCGAAAUGCAGGCCAUCCACGCGGCCCUCGCGCGUAUCGGAGCGAACUUCAAACCGCCCGUCACGUUCAUCGUGGUGCAGAAGCGCCACCAUACGCGCUUCUUCCCGGUGGGCAACUGUCCAACGGAGGGCAAAAACGGCAACGUUCCACCGGGCACGGUGGUUGAUCGCGAUAUUACGGCGCCGAAUCGGUUCGAGUUUUAUCUCGUGAGCCACGCGGCCGUCCAGGGUGUGGCCAAACCGACCAAGUACGUGGUGCUGUACGACGACUCGAAGUGCGAUCCGGAUCAGCUGCAAGCGAUGACGCUCAAUCUCUGCUACAUGUUCGCGCGCUGCAAUCGAGCCGUCUCCUAUCCGGCACCGACGUACUACGCCCACCACGCCGCAUUCCGCGGUCGUGUUUACCUGAAAAAUCGCCGCAUCAACAUGAAUGACUUGGAAGCCGCCUACAGGGACAUUCAAAUUUCCGCAGAAGUCCACGAAAAGAAUCCCAUGUUUUUUGUCUAAAACGUUGUCUAUGACCUCAUUUCAAGGCAUACGAUAUUAGCCUUUUCUGCCCUUCCUCGAUGGAUGGGCCUUUACGAGAAGACUGUUCGGUGUCUGUUUGUUACUAUAAUUACCCUUAUAAGCUCAUAUACCAUCAUGUUACAAUUUUAUGCUUUUUUACAUGCACUUUUAAUGUGCAAAGUGCAUGAGCGUUACAAAAAAAUAAUUAAGGAGAAAAUGUAAAAAAAAGGAAACGAUUGGUAGAUGCACUAUUGAUGCACUCUCCCGGCCUUGAUCGUCCAUAAAUUGGUUAAGCUAAUCAGUUAGUGUACGUUCGGCUAUGCAGAUGCAUUCAGAUUACAUAAUAUUUAAUAAUCAUACAUAAAUCAUAUAUAAAUAAUCAAUAAUCAUAUAAGACCAAUAAAGGAUACA